AUGGCUUCAACAGAGCCGACUUCAACUUCAGCGCCGGCCACAACACCACAUGCAGGACCGGCGGCUGCCCCUGGGUCUACGCCAGCGACACCUGCGGCAGCCGCCAUUAUCCUGCGGACGCCGUCCAAGUACAUCACAUCGUCGUCUCCCGCUGCUCCCUCUGCGUUCAAGGCACCCCCGGCCGAGUGGCUCGUCCGCACCUGGUCCGUCACCCACUCCACCCUCAGCAUGUGGCGCUCCGCCCAGAACGUCCGCAUCAGCUACCGCCUGCUGCCCGACGACGCCAGCGGCCGCCCGCGCAACGAGGACCGCGUCGAGUACGAGUCAAACAAGGGCACAGGGCCGAAAAAGAUCAAGUCGGUGGAGGGCACCAACCUUAUGGGGACCGACGGCACGUUUGACUGGCGCGGCAAGAGCUGGCUGUUUUUCGUCACGAGCCACUGGGAGAUUCUGGGCUGGGGCGAGCGACCGGUGGCCGGCGGCGCGCCGGGCGAGGUAGAGCGGUGGGUGGUAACGUGGUUUGCGCCGACGCUCUUCACCAAAGAGGGCAUCGACUUUUACAGCGACCGGCGCGAAGGGCUGAGUGCCGAGACCGCGGCAGCGCUGCAGACGGCCAUUGCCACGACGGCGCAGUGGCCGGCCCCGCUGGCGACGCUGGCCAAGGACCUGCUACCGGUCGACAUCAACCUGCCCUGGGCAGAGUGA